GGAUCUCCCCCCUCCUCAAAAAAAGGGAAGGGAAAAAAACAACAACAACCACACACAACCCAGUCAGGAAACCCAACCGCCGCCUCAGGGUUGCGGUUUGUGGCGUUUCCAGGCUAGCAGAUCACAAUCAAGUAUUCUGAAGUCUUCAAAACUGGGAAAAGGGGAAUGAACCGUGAGGCUGUUCCAGGGAAGAGUCCGGAGGAGAUGUAUAUUCAGCAGAAAGUCAGAGUCCUGCUAAUGCUUAGAAAGAUGGGAUCAAACUUAACCAGCAGUGAGGAGGAGUUCCUGCGGACGUAUGCGGGAGUAGUGAAUAGCCAGCUUAGUCAACUUCCUCAGCACUCUAUUGACCAAGGUGCAGAGGAUGGCGUGAUGGCAUUUUCCAGAUCAGAGACCGAAGACAGAAGGCAGUGACUGGAGCGGCUCUUUGUGCUACAUAGAACUGGAAGAGGGGCAAACGAAGCGCUGGGCAGGUCGAGGAAGAUGAGCGGGCACCCCUCAGUCCCUUUGCCCUGUCCUAAAGUCGGUGUCCCCCCAUGGUAGCUUCCCCUCCUCUAAAUUCUCUUCUCUUCUCAUCUCCAGCCCUCCUUAAUGCAUUUCACAGCCCUCGGUUCUGCUCCCCUAUUAUUUUGGCUCCGUAGGUUUGUCGCCGAUCCAGGAUGACUCCGGGAAUGCAUUUAGGAUUGGCUUACCGGCCCCCACCUCCACCCAUAAAAAGUGAACCGAUUGGCAGAUUCGGAGAAGAAAAUGCUGCGACAGCCCCACCCCACCACCCUCGUGUUUAAUUUUCCUUAUUUUUUCCUUUUUUUUUUUUUAAUGAAUGGUUGCUGAUGUGUCCCGCUUGCCAAGCCUUCAGGCUCCAGUGCGUAUAUAGGUCACGUUGGUGUGUUUUUGGAGAGGGGCUUGGUCGUGGGCAAGUGGAAGAGGCCUGGGGUGGAAAGGCUUGUAGAUGUUUUGCUGAGAUCAGUGUUUUCUUUUGCUGGAAUCUGAGGGGUGGGGGGAGGACAGAGGGGAAGAGGGGAAUCUGUGUAUUUUAGUUACCGCUUUGCAAUUUCUGGAGACGGUGGGAGAGGCAGAUCUUUGGCUCUAUUUAUUAUAAGCUUGCUUGCGUUUCAGGAAAAAAGCCAGUGUUAACAGCUGACUUUCAGCCGAUUGCAAAAUCUGCCCGUCCGUGGCUGCUGCCACUCAGAAAUUCCUGGUUUGCUGGGGUGUCUUUGGACUAAAAGGAAGCACUCAAAAGCCCGGAGUUGAGAUGGUGAAUCUCCAAUUUUUUUUAAAAAAAAAAGACAACCAAGAAGCCCCAUUUGUGCUCAGGAGAUUUGUUGACACUCUGCCGGGUUGCAAAAUCUGUAACUCUCCUCUUCAGAUCGGACCUGUUUUGCUGUAGCUCUUUGAUCUAAUUCCUGAGCGUAUUUUUGGGGGGGCAAUUAAAAUCUAUUCUCAAUGGCUCCAGGUGGUAGAACCAAUUCACAGUAUUAGUUAUAAUACCAGAGCAUUAAGAUCCCAAAAGCUCCUUCAUCCACGUAUUUCCAGGAAGGCAGCGUUGCUGGCUGGGGAAUUCUGGGGGUUGAAGUCCAAACAUCUGUAAAGUUGCCAAGGUUACAAACAGUAGCCUAGGAGAAAAUGAGAAUCGAUUUGCAGGGGGUGAAAUGAAAUUCAUUCAUUCCUUGGGCGCCAAUGGUGACCCAUGGGGGAAAUCAACAAUAAAUGUAGUUUUACCUUUACAGUAAAAUGUUAAGUUCCUCUAGAAAAGUUGGAUUUUCGGUCUUUUUGGGUUUUUGUUUUUUUUAAAAAAAUAUGGAUGGAGAAGGCCAGCUUUUGAAAAGGACAAAUUCUUUUUCCAGGUUACACUUACUUUCCACACGGCAGGGACUAAAGAUUUUCUUCCUUGCAUUGUAGGAAAUUGUCUUUCCCUAGACGAUAAAACUGAUGUUUGUGUCUAACCCUCCUUUUCAAUAAAUGGUACAAUUUGGACUGUG